GCACGUAUCAGUUUGCUAACUAUCCCCUAAUUACUGGAACCUACCCUGCUGACCUUUUGUUUUCUCAAGACAGUGGAUCUACAAGUUUGAAUCUACUUGAUAUGAAUGGCAUUCCAUCGGCCUUGGUCCUUCUUGCGCUUGGGGUUACUUUGCUGCUGGUCCUGCCAAAAAUCGUGGCAAAUUCAAAGGAGAUUGAGUUAUUUGCUCACCCUUCAAGAUGCAAACUGGGGACAGUGUGGCUCCUACCAACUCCAAAAAGGGGGAGGCAGCCAGCAGCCUGAUACCCUGGUGGUCCUAUCAUUUACACUAAGGAACAAGCCAUUCAUUGUCCGGGGCCUAACUUUCAACAAGAAAAUUGAGGAAACUAGGCUUCGCGAGGGCGCAUUGAUAUUCCCUCCCACUUUGCGAAUUAGUGUGCUCCACAUUUAAUGAUCUUGUUUAGGGAAUAUAGGCCACCAUAAUAACUCAGGAAACAGUCCUUGUCCUAUUUAUUAUUUAAUAAUUGCAGCAAAGUUUCUUCUAGGUAGGUUGAGUUCUAGGCCUAGUCACAUCUCUUCUGCCAGUGUUGUUACCUUCACUUUAGGUAGAAAAAACUAUGCAAAAUAGGGCUGGACCUGAAUAGAAACUAAAUAGUUUUCAAUUCUCAUCAGUAUUAUAGUGGUCUAUUGAGUGACUAGAACCGAAAUUUAUUUGAGAACGAACAUUAUAUUUAAAUUUUUAUAUAUUUUCUUGAUAGGUAGAUGUGUUGUAUAGAUUGUUGCCUGUUAUUAUUUUUUUUUUGAAGUGAUCAUGAAUUCUUAUUAAAAAAAAAAAAACAAUAAAAGGGUGACAGCACUAAGUAUCCAAAGUUGGAUGGGGGUGGUGUUUUAUGUCAAACCCCCAGGAACAAUGCCAUCCCUCAGUCCCGGAUCCCAAUACACAGUCCUAUACCCCGUCCCCUUAUUUUGAUAUACCCUAAGGGCAUCAUCAACAGGAUCUCUCACACUUUUACUCUGAUCUGAGCAGAAUUUGCGCCGUUUACCCAAAUGGGUUGCUGUCUCAGCACCGGCACCGCGCCCGCCCCCUCCGGUGUUGCCACCAAACCAAACCCAGAUGUUAUUUCCCCAAAUGGGCGUCGCCAUCCGCCGGAAUCUGACGCCAUCCGCGGUGCUCCUUCACCUCUGCCUCCUCUUGAAGAAGAAACUGUGAAGGAAGUGCUCUCCGAAACCCCCAUCGCCAAGCCCGCUGUUCUGGCGGCGAAUGACCAGUCUGUGAUGAGUAACCGGAAAGUGCCGGUGAUCGAGGAAGUAAUGGUGGAACCCAGUGCCGUGAAUCGCCCGGCGGAGGAGAUGGUCUCCGUCUCCGAGGUGUCCGAGGUUUCGGAGAUGUGUAGCUUCAGCGAGAGCUUGUCGACGGUGGCGGAGAAGAGGGACGACGACGGCGAAGUCACUCAGCGUGUCCCGAGGUCUCCGGCGAAGAUCCCGAGAAAGCGCGCCGUCUCCAGCGGGGCCAAGGAGAGAGGGAUCAGAUCUCCGGCGAGACGCGCCGAGCUCUCGCCGGCUAAAAGGACCCACAUCGCGCAGUCGAAGCCAGUCCGAGCCCCCGCGGCGGCUUCCCGGCGCAAUGUGGGGCCCCCAAACGCUCUCCGGCGGGACCCCGGCGAGAGUUCCACGCGCAGGUCUAGGUCGCCGGCAACACGCGGCGAGAUGGGGCAACCUCGGCCGGUGAGAUAUAAAAGCCCGGCCUCAACCUCUGCCGAAAGGUCCAGUCUCCGGAGAGCAGGGGCGCGGGCGGAGGACGGCGGGGAGGAAGAGAAACGGAACGAGGAGGUACUGCCGGAGACAACGGAGUCGCUGGAGAACCCUCACGUUUCUCUGGAGUGCUUCAUCUUCCUCUAAAAGGCUGAAAAUAGCUGCCCCGAACGAGGCUAUAUUUGUCUUUUUGGUUUGUCCGGCGGACGUCCCCAUGAAACGCCGUCGUUACGCCUGAACCCCACAAUUUGCGUUAGCUCUGCUCACAACACAUUAGGCCUUUUCUCUUUUCACUUGUAGAUUCUACUCUCCACCUUCUCAAUAGUAAGUAAACAGUUAGUAUAUUUUAAUUUGAUAAAUUCCCAUCUCUUCUUGAUGGCCGCGCGGCUGCACAUGCCAAC